AUGUGUGCGUGGCAGUGAUGUAACAGUGAUGUAACAGAGGAGGAGUCAGAUGCGCCUCUACUGCGCUCGCUCAAACUGUCGGGUCCUGUACAGAUGAACGCAUGCCUCUACCUCGGAGCACUUUGCUUGAAUUUAACCAACAGGCAAGUCGACGCCAACUUCCAUGUCACUGCUGUAGUUUGGCAGCUGGUUGGUUUCAGUGUGCUGCUGAAGUGGUGAAUGCAUCUUGACUGAACUACUGCUGAGUACUGCUGAGCGCCUGACAGGUGUUGGGGGACCGCCACCCGGCCAGAGAGAGAGAACAUGUCCAAUGGGAAAGACGCAAAUGCUGCAGAGAACUCCUCACAGAUGACUCUGAAAGAGUGCCUGGAUGAGUGCAUGGAGGCCUUGGAUCUCUUCCUCAACAACCACUUCAAUGAGAGCCUAGAGAGGCUGCGGCCAAGAGUGAAUGAGAGUAUGUACCAUGCUCUUAUCUACGCCACAGUGCUGGAAAUGCAGGCCAUGAUGACUUUCCAGCCUGAUGACAUCAGCAAUGCAGGAAAUACCAUGAAGAGUGCCUCGGAGGUGUGCCAGAGGUUUCGACGGAAGUCCCCAGGUUUAUCUAACAAGUCGGUAGGGGAAUCGCUCACUGAAGUGCAGCUUCACGCUGAAGUGUGUUACGCAGAGUGCCAACUCCAAAGAGCCGCUCUCACCUUCCUACAGGAUGAGAACAUGGUGAGUUUUAUCAAAGGAGGGAUCAAAGUACGAAACAGUUACCUAAUUUACAAAGAACUGCAUUCCUUCAUACAAUCUCACAACUGUCUCAAAGGACCCAGCCACGUUCACUUAGAGGGAGGAAUAUCAUUUGGAAUAGGGGCGUUUAAUCUGACACUCUCUCUAUUUCCUCCACGGAUACUCAAAGUUUUAGAGUUUGCGGGCUUCUCUGGAGACAAGGAAUUUGGUCUGUCUCUGCUGCAUGACGGUGCGACCGGGAUGAAUUUGCGCUCCAUGCUGUGUGCUCUGCUCGUGCUCUGCUACUACACCUUUCUCACGUUCAUCCUAGGUAGUACAGGCGAGGGAGACGUGAUUGAAGCUGAAAGGCUGCUGAAACCUUUCCGUCUCCGCUACCCACGGGGAGCAAUAUUCCUCUUCUUUGCAGGCAGGACUGAGGAGAUCAGGGGGAACAUUGAUGAGGCGGUGGCACUCUUUGAAGAUGGCUGCAAGGCCCAGCAGGCGUGGAAGCAGUUCCACCACAUGUGCUACUGGGAGCUGAUGUGGUGCUUCACCUACAAGCGAGCGUGGAAGAUGGCGUACUUCUACGCAGACCUGCUGAGCCAGGAGAGCCGCUGGUCCAAGGCCAUGUAUGUUUACAUGAAAGCUGCUUACCUCAGCAUGCUGGCUGAAGAUGAGGCCAGGCCUUUUGGGGAGGACGAGGUUGAGCUCUUUAGACAAGUGCCCACCUUCAAGCAGAAGAUAGCAGGGAAGUCUCCCCCGACUGAGAAGUUUGCUAUCCGUAAAGCUAGACGCUACAAGGCUCGCUGCCCAAUCAGGCUACCAGUGCCGGUGCUGGAGAUGAUGUACAUGUGGAACGGUUUCAGCAUGAUCAGCAAACGACCAGAGUUGACUGAAGGCAUGAUGCAGACUUUGGUGGAUGCAGAACGCACCCUGCUGGAGUCUCCUGAUAACGAGUAUUCGUUGGAUGACCGCUGUCUGAUCCACCUGCUCAAAGGUCUGUGUUUGAAGAACCAGGGUCUCCUCCAGGCUGCCGAGGAAAGCUUCAACAAAGUGUUUUCCAGUGAAAAGAAGAUCAAGUUUGACCACUACCUGGUGCCUAACUCUCUGGUGGAGCUCAGUCUGCUCUACAUAGACCAAGGCAGAAGGGACGAGGCUAUUAAACUACUGCACAAGGCCAAACACAACUACAAGGACUACUCGAUGGAGUCUCGGACACAGUUCAGGGUACACGCUGCUCUGGCCAAACUCAAGGCUGACCCCGGGGAAGAGGAGGACACUCAUAUGUAAGGAGGACAUUUUCUCACACUGGACUCUCCAUUUCCCUGACAGUUAUGGCUGUUUUAGCCCUUUUUUUUUUUAAACUAUCCAUUUUCAACAAGUGAAUGCUGGGUUUUUUUUAGCACUGUGUUCAGGUAUACCUUUUUGUGUCACUGUCUACACUAGCAUAUCAUUGGACUAAAGUAAAGGCUGUUUUACAAAAGCCUGGGCUGCCCAGACUGGCUUCCAAGAUCAUAGAAGUGUUUGACAUUGUCAACUGAGGGACCGUGUAUAUACAGUACACUAGAUAUUAUGGACAAUGUUUUCAUGGUUUACAUAUAAAAAUGAAACACUAAAUUUGAAUCAGUUGAUUGAAAGCAUCACAACCAGUGUAAGACAUUUUAUGAUUUGAUGAAAUUUAUAGUAAUGACUUUAUAUUUUACUAAAUUAAAAUAGCGCUCUAUGAUUUUUACAUAAUUAAGUUACUUCAGUAUACUGUGCAGUUUUGGAAAGACGACAUUUUAAGGUGUUAAGAUCUAAGGUAUUUUAAGAUAGUUUUAAAAAAACUAAUUUAGAAAAUGGUUAACUGACUUGAAAUGUAUGCCCCCCCCCCUCCAGUCAGCAGCCAGUAUUCUAUGCAUUCAUUCAUUUCUUACUCUGUAUGCUCGCAACGGAAAUGCAUACGAGUACAACAGGCCAUGGCUAAAGAGGUGAACCGUUUACUGCUGUUCUCAACUCACUGACACCGUCUUGGUGUUUGAAUUAAUCAAAAUUCAGUGUUUACGCACAUUUGUAACGGUGCAUGCACUUUCCAAAAAUUUCAGAAUGUUUAACAAAUAUUUUUGCAUAAAUAAAUUCUA